AUGUCUUUGAGUGAUUGCGUUGAAAAAAAUAAAAAGUGGGAUAACAACAACACCAAGUCUUUGGUGCUGGAUAAUUUGAUUGGCGAAAUGAUCGCACUGGAGCACUUACCAUUUAGGUUUGUGGAAUGUCUUGGAUUUGUGAGAUUGAUUAACCGAUUAUGCCCUUCAUAUAAUUUAAAAAGUCGCCAAUAUUUUACUUCCUUCAUUUGUGAGAAAUUAUACGGCAAGGUAAAAGAUAAAAUUAUGGAAUUAAUCAAAUCAUUUCAAAAAUUAGCAUUAACAACUGAUAUCUGGUCUGACUCUUGCUCUGGAGUGUCGCUGAUAAGUUUCACUUGUCACGGAAUUACCAAUAAGUAUGAACGAAAAAUGAUUAUAUUGAAAGCAGAAGUAUUCAAUGAUGGGCGACAUACAGGAGAAAAUAUAGCGGCAAAGUUAGAAACUAUGUUGUCAUCAUGGGGAAUUCCCAAAGAAAACGUAUUAUGUAUUGUUAGAGAUGGUGGCACUAACAUGAAAAAAGGUAUUUCUUUAUUAAGUAUUAAAAACAUUGAUUGUUUAUCGCACCAAAUCCAACUUGUUGUUAAAGAAGGGCUUACGUCACAAGAAUCUAUCAUUGCAGCCAUUAACAAAUGUAAAAAGAUAGCACCACAUUUUCACCACUCUAAUGUAGCUCAAGAUGAACUUGUUCAUCUACAAGAAAAGCUUAAUCAACCAAAGCUCGAGAUAAUCCAAGAGUGUGUUACGAGGUGGAAUAGCACCUUUUACAUGCUGGAACGCAUUUUGAAAAACAAAGAUUCGCUGUGCCUUUAUGCUUCCACCAGCAACAAAAUUUCACAACUAACUUCUGAAGAAUGGAUACUUGUGGAAAAAUUGAUUACAUUGCUUCAACCUUUUGAAGAAAUAACUCGAGAACUAAGUGCAGCCAAUGUUUCCAUAUCCAUAUUCCAUAUAAUGUUUGAUUAA